AUGCCCAUCCAUAACGUAGUUGCGUUGCAUCGAGGCAAUGGGAGGACUGCCACUGGAUGCGAAGAAAUCACAGUGGAGACCGAAUCAGCGAAGAAACUUGACGAAGUACCCACCAUAUCGCCGCUUCAGUCAUUCGAAUCAUGUCAUUCGGAGGGAAAACAAGAUGACAUAUCUUCAGUGGGAGUGCCUUGCAUCGAUUAUUCUUCCUUACCACAUGCGCUGCCUGAGAAUGGGACCCCUCUUCCUGAAUUGGAGGACCCGCACCCGCCUCGAUUGCCGCCACGGAAUGCACCUUACACUGCACUUCCUCUUCCGCCGUCAGCGCUGUGGCAGGAAAACUUCGUGGAACUGUUAUUGCCGAUUUCCCAUUGUUUGGAGCAGAAGAGACAGACUGGCGGACAAUGGCACGGAGGCGAUAUCUCUAGAGAAGCGUUGGAUACACGUGAGGAGUCGAGCACGGAACGAGUGGAUCAUCAGAGUGACAAUACAGAGAAGUCUUUUGCAACGGCUUGCUCCAACAUCGCUGGAGAAGGUGUCCCGAACGGAAAGCCUCCUCAUCCUGGGCAGCGGUAUGACACUGCAACAACAGUCGCGCAUAAAAUAACGGAUGAGUUUGGGAGGGAUUUAGAUUCGGGCUUCACGGCCAACUUUGUGGACGCUGUGAAUGCGGUGAGGCAGCCUCGAGCCGAGCGCACGAGCGACAUCGCAGCAACCGAAGAUGUCAGGACAUCUUCCGAAGAAGGAACCGAGAGCGUCGAAGCGAAAUCAUUUUGCGAUCCGCCUGAAAACGGGGUUGAGACAGAGGAGCCUUACCUGCGGCCCUGUACGUUAAGGGAGAUACCGCAGGUGAUAGUGCCGUUGGCCCGAAGACGGACGAAAUUGCCCUGUGCAAAACCCAGCAGCAGUAACCUGAGUAUCCUUAAGAUACUGAAGCAAGUCAAUAGCUCUGAUAUGCGCAAUUUCUCGCUUCCUAUCAACGUCAAUGAGCCCUUAUCAAUGUUGCAAAGAAUUUGCGAGGACUUCGAGUACACCAAUCUUCUUUCGAUUGCGCGCACAAGAGCGACAUCGACGGAAAGGCUUGCUUAUGUUACCAUCUUCGCGCUCUCGGCAUAUGCAGGCAGUAUGGAGCGCUGUUACAAACCGUUCAACCCAAUGCUGGGAGAAACAUUCGAAUGCUCUCAUCGAGGAUUCAACUACAUAGCGGAGCAAGUGUCGCAUCACCCGCCUGUCUCUGCAUACCAUGCCGCAGCUCACAAUGGCGAUUUUGUCUGCUUCGGAACUGUCUCUCCUGUUCUGAGCAUCCAGGGGACUCAUGUCGACAGCUGCAACUCGGGCACGGUAACGUUGAGGCUUUUUUUACCCGGAGGAGGGUUCGAAGAUUAUACAUGGCGCCGGCCCAACACGAGGGUACACAAUAUUAUUUUUGGAACAAUGUGGAUGGAAUGGGUCGGAGUCAUGACUAUUACCAAUCACAUGACAAGUGAAGAGGCACACGUGUCUUUCCUGCCGGUCACUUCUUCUUCGUCCUCAAAAGCUUCAGCCGGUUCCUGGCUUUCGUCGUUUCAGUGGAAUGCCCCUUCGGCCAACCGUAAUCUGACCGAACCUGCCUCCCCUCCUAUCGCUCAGUCCAGACGAAGGCGGAGCAACAGUGUAGCAUCUGAUAGCGGCGGAGGAGGGGAGGCAGAGGAACAGGAGAAGGUAACCCUCGGCAGCGGUAGGAAAAAUGAUGCUAGUUCUCGGUCAGUUUCUGCGUCCCCUCCCUUGGAUACAAAGAGAGGUCGCAUGAAUUGUCGUAGCGACAGCUGGUUAUCAAAAGAGUGUGCAGGACGCAAUGGAUUAAGAGGGCAAGUGUUGGACAGGGCCGGCUGUCCGCGCUUUUUUAUUGAUGGAUGCUGGAGCAAACGAUUGUGGCUGACGAGGGUUGGAAAAGGAAGCUACGAAGAGUUCAAGCAACGAAACCGGCUGAUCGAACCUACCACCGGAAUGAAUCGUGACCAAAAUUCUGGCUCAAGUCCGAGCUUCAGUCGUGGAGGGCAGACUUCAACGCCGCAAAAGGCUACACAUACCAGCAGGAUUUCGGGCCGACAUGGAUCCGGUGUCGUUCCGCUGCAGACUUCUCGACAAGAGAAUGGCAGUCCAGAAAUGAACUUCAUCAGUCAAACAGACAGAACCGCAGCUGAAGUUAGAGUUGUGCCGGCUGACAAGGACCAGGUGCAGGUCUGUUGUGAGCAGACACGGAAACGGGACCAUCCGUCAGUGGCCUCAACAGCGAGAAGCAAGGAUGAGGCAGACAUCACAUGGAAUGACGAGGACACAUUUUUCGUUGCCUGGGAGGCCACACUAAAACCCCCAAGUGCGAAAAUGUACUACAAUAUGCCGGUGUUCGCAAUAGAGCUGAAUGAACUUACUGAAGGUUCCCAACCUAACCCUCUUGUAGUGAAGAGAGGAGGAUGGUCUGGGAUGGCACCCACUGACUCCCGCUUCAGACCAGACUUGCGCAAGUACGAAGACGGAGACUCAGCAGGGGCUCAGGCGGAGAAACUUCGUCUGGAAGAAAAGCAAAGAGCUACGGCUCGCUCAAUGAAGGGGGGCGAAUCAGCUUGGCGGCCACUGUGGUUUGAUAAGGGUAUUAAUGCUGUCACGGGCCUCGAAGAUUGGUUGUACAAUGGUCGUUACUGGCCAGAGCGCACACGGCCACUUGCAACAUCGGGAGGCAUGAUACAGCCAACCCGCGGCAACUACUGCAGCACGCAUGUGGAGCUGAGUCGAUUCGCCGUGUGCCCGGACAUAUAUUGA